GCCCCCUCAUCCACCUUGGAUUGGCAUUCCGGCACUAUAAGUAGCACCCAAGUUACCCGGCUCUCACACCAACAACCAUCCUCAACGACCAAAAGCGAAGACAGGGAGAAGAGAGCACAUUGCAUAUUGGGAGAUCGGAAGAAACAGAGAAGAGAUGGAGAUGUGCAUGGACGACAAGUGGAAGCUGUCCAAGAAGGGCAGCCGGAGGUCCGCGGCGGUGGCGCCGGCGGCGGCCACCGGCAGUCCGGUGGGUGUCAAGGGCCGGGCGUCGAGGGGCUCCGGCCGGUCCGUGCCGGGGCGGCUGGCGAGCCUGGCCAAGCAGCAGAGGGCCAGGUUCUACAUCAUGCGCCGGUGCGUCACCAUGCUCGUGUGCUGGCGGGACUAGCCUCGGUUUGAUCUCUUCUCUGCUUCGAGAGACGGAGACAGAGGUUAACUAAGAGAUGUGCCUUAAUUCCCAUGGCCAUCCUUGGUUUGGUAGACUAAGAAAGAUUGUAGAUAACACAGUGUGUCACGGCCAAACAGCUUCCAUUAGUUUGCUCUCGCUGCUCCAGUCACUUCCAUAGCACUGCACUGCAGGAAUGUAUGUACCGCGGCAACCAAUGUGUAAGGCUAGUCCUCUUCGUUGCAAGUUUUCGUUUUUCUUUUAGAUCUAUGGUGUUUGUUAACUAGUGUGUUCAAAUUCGUGAAA